UGCCCGCAUCAGCUGAGGUGAAGAUUGGAGGAUUCCUGCCGUGUCUCAGUCAGUUCGCCAAUGCAGCUUUAACAACGUUGUAUUGGUAGUCUGCGGUUAUCUAACCGUGAAAACUGUAAUUAGAAUUUAUUGCUUGCUGAUUAAGAUAAAGAAAUUGGCCCUAUCCUGUCAUGCUGUGCGGAAUUCACGUUACAAGAGCUGUGUUUUGAAGCAGGAGGAGUCCAGCAUGCUGAGUUAGAAUGAGUAAAAUGGACCCAGAAGAACUGGAGCUGGUGAAUGACUACAGGUACAGGAGUUACUCGUCUGUGAUUGAAAAGGCACUGAGGAACUUUGAGUCUUCCAGCGAAUGGGCGGAUUUGAUCUCCUCACUGGGCAAACUCAACAAGGCCCUGCAGAGUAACCUGAAGUACUCUUUGUUACCUAAACGUCUGAUUAUUGGAAAGCGGUUGGCUCAGUGUCUGCAUCCCGCACUUCCCAGUGGAGUCCACUUAAAAGCACUAGAGACUUACGAAAUUAUAUUUAAAAUCAUUGGGACAAAAUGGUUGGCCAAAGACUUAUUCAUCUACAGCGCUGGUCUCUUUCCACUGCUGGGCCAUGCAGCCAUGUCUGUGAAGCCUGUUCUUCUAACCUUGUACGAAAGAUACUACCUCCCUCUGCAGAAGUCUCUACUGCCGAGCCUGCAGGCACUCCUCACAGGGUUGUUACCCGGACUAGAGGAAGGCUUAGGGGUCUACGACAGGACUGACACUUUGCUGCAGAAGCUCUCUCUGCUGGUAGGACAGGAGGUUUUCUAUGGGACUCUAUGGGGGAGUGUCCUGAUCAGCCCCCUAGUUCGAUUGCCAGCUUCGCUCUUCAUUGUCAGCCACAUCAACAAAGGUGUACCUGGAAACAAGCAGAAGUUCAUGCUGGGAACUGACUACAAGCGGACGGUGAAAGCCAUGUGUCUGUCGGUGCAGGAUUCCAAUGUACUCGUGCAGAGGAAUAUGCUGGAAAUCCUGCUUUUCUUUUUCCCCUUUUGUACAUGCCUGGACUCCGGAGAAAGCACUAUCCCGCUAUUAAGGGCUGAGAUGGUCAAUAUUGUCUCUGCUGCUUCACUGACUCUCCUGAGAAGGGACAUGUCCCUCAACAGAAGGUUUUAUGCUUGGCUUCUAGGUACUGACAUUAAAGGAGGUAUUUUAGCACCUGAUCCAACCAGGUCUUCUUCCAUUGAAGAUCAUGCUACUUUUUACUUCGACAAAUACUCCAGAGACCUUUUGAUCCAGGCUUUAAUCAAUAUAAUGAACCAGGAGAACAUAGAAUCUGAACCAGAGAAUGGGCCUCAUCCGUACCUGAAACCCUUCCGUAUCAUGAUCAGCCUGCUGGACAAACCUGAAAUCGGUCCCCAGAUCACUGGAGAUUUACUUUUGGAAGCUAUUAGAGCGUUCUAUGGCUAUUGUAAAGAGGCCCUGGGUGAAGAUAUUCUUCUUAGCUCCAGCCACACUGGAAACCCUCUUACAAGCAAAAUUAAAGAAAACAAGAAUGCAUCGGAGCUCAUCAAAACGGUGAAUAUGUUCAUCAGCUCCCUGAGUUCUGAAUAUCUCUGGGAUUACAUGGCGAGAUGCUUCGAAGCAAGUCUCAGCAUGGAGAGUCCUCAGGACCUUCUUGUCCCAUUUGCAAACAACUGGAGCCUAGUUCCCUCAGUGUCAGAGCUGUGCAAACUAAUAAUGUUCCUUCUAGAUGUCAUUCCUUUGGAACUCUACUCUGAGAUUCAGACCCAGUACCUUCCACAAAUGUUAAACAACUUGCUGCAAGGUCUUCUUGGGCACAUACAUGACCUCAGCUUGCCAGAGCUUACCCAGGGGCUGAAAGCUUGCUUCAAAGUGCUGAGCAAAAUUCAGAUGCCUGUGGCGUAUAUGGACUUGGAACCACAGUCAGAUAUGCACUCAGACCAGGAUCUUGCACAACUUAAAAAGACUCUCAAAGACGGAGAGAAAGAGGAAGAGGGAGAACAGGGGGGCGACGAUCUGAAUGCAGAGGGGGACCCCGAGGCCCUGCCUGCCGGAGAGACCCCUUUCCCUCCCAUGCGUUCGGAGGACAGCGGAAUCGGACUGAGUGCCUCCCCCUCAGAGCACUUCCAGACCAGCCGCAGAAGCAGUGAGGUCAUCAGAGGAGGAGGUUUCUGCCCUGAGAGAGAUGACGUGUGGCGGAAGGGGGGCAGCGUCCAGCACAUGGCCUGCUGCGUGCAGGAAAUCCUGGCUGCCUUCAUUGGCAGGUACCUGCUGUCUCCGUUGGAAGAGAAGAGGGAGGCUGAGUCAGGUGGAGGGAACCCUCCGGGUCAGACGGGGAAGGUGCCACUGGGCUGGAAGAGCUGGGAGGCAGGGCAGAUCACCAUGCCUCAGUUCAAGCAAAAGCUGACAGUGUUCUUCACAGCCCACAAGCAGAAGCCAUCAUCAGCUCUGUCAGAGGAAAAGAAGAGCCCGGGCAGAGGGGAGGACUGGGGCGACGACAGCAUGUUACGCGAAAGGGCAGAGUUCUCAGAGGACUGCCGGCAAGCCUUCACCACCACCUGCCAGCUCCUGUUGGAGUGCACCACCUUCCCAGUGUAUCUGUCUGAGGAGGAGACAGAAGCACUCUAUGCAGCCAUUUUCCAGGAAGUUGGUAACGGUGAGGGUAGCCUGGCUGCCUGGCUCAAGUCUCUGAUGACUCUGUGCUGCUGUGUGAAGGACUGCCACAUUCAAAACAUUGCUAUCUCCACCCUGCUGGAGAUGAUCAACCACUCCCAGUCGCUGGCCUUGGUCAUCGAGGACAAAAGCAGACGCUACAAGAGCUCCGGCAGCAACCCCUUCUACGGCAGGCUGCAGAUGGUGACAGUGCCACUCAUUAACCCGGGGGUCCUGAAAAUCAUAUCGGAGAAAACUGAUUUCUAUCAGAGGGUUGCCCAUGUGCUGUGGAAUCAGCUGAACAUGGAAAACAGGGAACACCACAUCACCUGCGUGGAACUCUUCUAUAAGUUACACUGCCUGGCUCCCUCCUCCAGCAUCUGUGAGGACAUCAUCUGCCUGGCUCUACUAGACAGGGAUAAGGGAAGCAGACUAGAGGCUCUCUACAGAUUCUCAGUACUGUGGCAUCUGACCAGGGACAUUCAAAGCAGUAGGACCAUGUCACUCAAUCGAUCCUUUGACAGGUCCCUGUUUGUGGUCCUAGACAGCCUGAACUGCCAAGACGGUGCUAUCAGUGCUGGGGCACAGGGCUGGCUGGUGCGUGCAUUCUCUCUCAAUGACGUGGUGCGAAUUGUGGAGCCAGUCCUGCUCCUUCUGCUCCACCCAAGGACACAGCGAUCCUCCAUUCAGUGCAUAAAACAGAACUUAACAGUUGGAAACCUGAAGAUCAUGAACACUUUCAUGAACAGUGAUCGAACACUUUCCAAAGAGUCUGUCACCUCAAGUGAUCUUGGUGAAAGCUACUCUGAGGAGAGCCUCCUUAGCAGGGUGACCACUGUGGACAGGGAUGCCCUUUGGGCUGAAGUGGAGAGCAUCCCAGAGACCAUGAAGGUCCAUCAUGAGCCCCUACUAGAAAAAGAGAGUGAGGGCCCCCAUGCCCAUCAGGAGAAUGAGAGAAGCAGGAGUGAGAUGGGGGAAGACGAAGAACAGAGAGAGGAAAGUGAGCACACAGAGUCUGCUGAUACCAGUAUGGGCCACCUUUCCACAGAGAACACCAGUUCUGCAUCUGUACCCUAUCUGCAGCGGCAAGACUCCAACAGCAGUGGGGAGGAGGAUGAGAGUGAGCCAGAUGACAAAGGAGGUUUGAAGAAAGACUGCAGCAUGAACGGCUCCCAUCAUGCCAUGCACAGGACAGAUUCAGAGAGGACCCAGGCCUCUGAAUCCCUCUCCAGCGACGAGGAAGACCAAGAGCUAGACGCCAUGGCCCGCUCAAGGCUUCUGAAACAGCAGAAAGAGAAGAGGGAGAUGAUUGACUCGCUGUUCAAGCACAUGCUCUUGUACCUGCAGCCAUAUGACUCUAAAAGGGUGCUCUAUGCUUUCUCUGUUCUGGAAGCGGUGCUUAAAACCAACCCCAAGGAGUUUGUGGAAGCUGUGUCCACCACCAGCAUGGACACCAGCUCCACAGCCCACUUGAACCUCAUCUAUAACCUCCUAGCACGACAUCAAGAGGCUCUUGUUGGUCGAAGCUUUUAUGGUAAACUGCAAGCCCAGUCACCCAUCUCCUGUCCCCAUUCUCUUCUGAUUGAGCUUCUGACAUAUCUGUGCUUAAACUUUCUGAGAUCAUACUACCCGUGUUACCUGAUACUGGGGCACAGGGACCUCCUGGGCAACAGGGAUGUCCAAGUCAAGAGUGUGGAGGUGCUUAUUCGGGUGAUGAGUCAGCUGGUACUGGUGGCAAAAUCCCAGGACGACAGGAACCUGAACUUCAUCAGAAAGCUCUUGUCCAACUGCAAAGUGCAGGAGUAUGUCCUCCUCUCCCUCUCAGCCUCCAUGUAUAUUAACCAAAAACCCAUCUCUUGCAAGAGGAGCGAGGACUUCUUGGAAGAUGGCCUGUCGGAAGAGAGCCUUAUCAACUUCGGCCAGGACCAAAUCUGGAGCGAACACCCCCUGCAGAUUGAGCUGCUAAAGCUGCUCCAAGUCUUGAUUGUGCUGGAACACCACCUGAAAGGAACGAGCUCAGAAGAACAAGAAGCCUCUUCCCCCCUGGCCAAGGAAUGGCAGAGUGCGGUCUACUUCCAGCAGUCGAUCAAGGCUAUGCAGUACGUGCAGUCCCACCCCAUAACCUUACAGGGGAUGUUUGUGUCGGCUGUGGUGAGGUCUCUGCAGCCUCAGAAUGGCUUUAGUAUGCAUCCGACCUGGGUAAGCUUGGUCACUUCCUCACUGCCAUACCUGGGGAAAUCUCUGGGAAUGACUGUGGCUCCAUUCAUUGUGCAGAUAUGCAAGAACCUGGAUGAUCUGGUCAAACAGUAUGAAUAUGAAUCAGUGAAGACCCAACUGAGUUUAUCUUCAAAGAAAGAGAAUAUCGCCCCGGAUUAUCCCCUCACCCUUUUGGAAGGUCUGACCACAAUAACUCAUUUCUGUCUGUUAGAAAAUUCCAGUGUACACAAAAAGUCCCAUUCUAGUACUGACCCUGCUGACCUUCGCAAUGCCAGAAACGGCAUCCUCGAGGAGCUGCCUCGGAUCAUGAAUUCCAUGUCGCUGUUGUGGGGGGUCAUCGGAAAGGAGGAAUCGCAGAAGAAAUCCGCAGACAUUGCUGGAGGGGCCACCUCUGUCUACUUCAAAAGUACCAAAAUUCUCAGGCAGAGGGUGCUAGAGUUUCUUAAUCCUCUGACAGCUCAGCACGGUGUGCAGCUGAUGGCAUCUGUGGCAGCCGUAUGGAACAGCAGGAAAAGCCACAAGAGCCAGAAUAAAAACAAGAUUCUCCCAGUGGCGAGUGAAUCCCGCUUAACCGUGGUGGAGCUGGUCCAGGCACUCGAAACUCUGAAAACAGACACUAUCCUCCAGCUAAUAAAGGAAGUAGUGAAAAAACCUCCCCAAAUUAAAAGAGACCAGAAAUCUACACUGGUGGACAUCCCUAUGUUGCAGUUCAGUUAUGCCUUUGUGCAGGGUAUAUCUGCUGGGUCUCUGCAAGAGAAUGUACCGUCCCUGAUCAGCUUGUUGAAGGAGUCGACCCAGUUAAAUCUGGCACCUCCAGGAUAUUUCCUGCUUCUUGGCAUUCUAAAUGACUUUGUGAACAGACUCCCUAAUCUUGACAAUAAAAAGGAUCAAAAAGAUUUACAGGAGGUGACCCAGAAGAUCCUGGAGGCGGUCGGGAAUGUGGCAGGGUCCUCUCUGGCACAGACCAGCUGGCUCAGCAGGAACCUGGAGGUGAAAGCGCAGCCUCAAGUGUUUCUGAAUGAGGAGGACCCUGACAUGGAUUUAUAUGAUACAGCAGCCCAGGUGUCCACAAUGGUAUCUUCCUCGGCUCCUUCUGUCUACAGCGUUCAGGCUCUGACUCUGCUGGCUGAGAUCCUGGCUCCACUUCUUGACAUGGUGUACCGCAGUGACGAGAAGGAAAAAGCAGUGCCUCUCAUUACUCGACUCUUGUAUUUUGUUUUUCCCUACCUGAAAAACCACAGUGCCUACAAUGUCCCCAGUUUUCGAGCCAGUGCCCAGCUCCUGAGCAGCCUGAGUGGAUACGCUUACACAAAGAGAGCGUGGAAGAAGGAAGCCUUCGAUCUGUAUAUGGACCCUCUCUUCUUCCAGAUAGAUGCCUCCUGUGUCACCCACUGGAAGUCCAUUGUUGACCAUCUUCUGACCCACGAGAAAACAAUGUUUAAAGAUCUAAUGAGUAUGCAAAGCAGUUCUUUAAAGCUGUUUCCCAAUUAUGAGCAGAAAGCCAUGUUAUUGAAACGCCAGGCCUUUGCAAUAUUCAGUGGGGAGCUGGACCAGUACCAUAUGUACCUGCCUCUCAUCCAAGAGCGUUUGACUGAGAACCUUCGUGUUGGUCAGACUUGUUUGGUUUCUGCUCAAAUGUUUCUUACCUUUCGAGUUCUGCUGCUACGGAUUUCCCCACAGCACCUGACAUCUCUGUGGCCUAUAAUGGUGACCGAGCUGAUCCAGGCAUUUAUUCAGCUGGAGGAGAAUUUGGAUGAAGAAGAGGAGGAUUUAAAGAAUUCUGGCAAAUCAAGUGGCCCAAGACAUGCAGAUGGACCCCUUCUCUCAUUUCAGCAGAGUGAGCUGGAUCUGUAUCUGUCUGCUUGUAAAUUCCUCGACACUGCACUCUCAUUCCCACCAGACAGAUUGCCUUUGUUCCAGAUGUACCGAUGGGCAUUUGUGCCAGAGGUAGACACUGACGGGUGUAACAGUUUGGAGAACAACACACUGGAGACCUACCAAGAGUGCAAACCUCAUGUUGUCAGAGUCAUGGAACGCCUUAACAAAAGAUGUGGGGAUCUGAAUGGAAUGAGCGAAAUGAAUAAUUCCAAAAAUUUGGAAUUCCCCCUGCUAACCCUGCGCUCCAUUUCAAGCAUCACCCAGCUUGUCCCUUUCCUAAAGAUUCUGAGCUGCACCUUCAAGGCCCACACUGGCGGAGAUCAGGGUGCCAGUGCGAGGUCUGUACUCCCCUUGGAGUAUCCUGCUGCAAACAGUGAUGGCAUAUUGAAAAAACUGGAAGAGAGCAUUGAAUGUGAAUUUCUGGAAAGCAUGGACAACUAAGCAAUUAAUGGCAUACACUAUGGAAUCUCUUUAUUCCACUACUCACAUUUGGAGCUUGUAUCAUAAUAUUUGGGUGCUGAUUUAAUGAAUAUCAUUAAUAAUCAUUGUAUGUCUGCUACCUAGAUCAGCUACCUGUACAGUACUACAACCACACUGUAAAUGCCUGCUCAAGUUUCAGUAGCAUGCAUACUUUUCCUCACUAUCCUUCCUGGGGGCUGAUUCAUCUGUAGUCGUAGAAGUAUAUUGAUAUGCCAUUGGGACUUAAAUCAGGAGCAGUGCACUAAACCAGAGUGCUUUAGUAAGUGCAUCAAACCAACACAUAUCUUAUUCUCUGUGAAUGUAAAGAGAAACGCCUAUUCAGACUGAAAUCCUAACUUUUCAACACAUUUUAUAUAUAUAUUUUGGUAUUAUUUUCCUUUUACAGGUUACAAACACGGUGUCCUAGAAUUAAGUUGUACAGCAUUGUUCGUACUUGCUGCUCCAUGUACUUUUACCAAAACCUUUUGUGUUCUUAUUGUUAAGACUAGACCACAGAUCAGAAAGAAGCUUUUUUAUAAUUAUCAAAGCCAUUUAAACACCAGUUUUAAUGAGACUAGAAUCACUGUCUUUUCUUCUCUUCUGUCUUUAGAUAUUUUGCUAUUACCUACCAUUUACUGAUGAAUAGGAACUACUACUCUUUACAGUACCUGUAGCUUUGAUACAGAAUUAAUACAGGAAUCAGAUGAAAAUGGUAUUGCUUAACUAAUUUAUCAAUUAUCUUUAAACAUUUUUUACCCCAGAAAACUAUGGGAAGUGAAUGUAAUUGUAAGCUAGGGGAGAACUGUGGUUCAGUACUACUGGGUGAUGUGGAUUGAGUGAAGUUACUAGUCCACGCAGCAACUACCGGUUGUGAUAUUGAUUUACAUUUUAUAAAGGGAAUGCUUUUAUCUUUGUUUCUCUGGUGAAUGGAAACAUAGUUUAGUGAAUUUUAACUUAUUUUUCGCUCCAUGAAUGUAAAGGUUAUUUUGAAGUCUUAAAACUCUGGUAUUUAACUAAUAUAUGUAUCUAUAUACACACACUUGUUGCUUGUGGACAUUAAACAUGAUUAAAACAAUUCAGUAAUUGAGUUUA